CAUUAUUGCUGUAAUUUGUAGCAUAUUGCUAUAUGAAGGCUAGACACUAACACACAAUCGCAAUUGUAGCUCACUGACAUCCAAAGAUAUCUUCAACUGUACGGAUAUCCCGCCAUCAAUGCGCGAGGCCACAUUAACCCCAAGCGGUUACCAGCACUGGGGGCGCGAAAGGAAGGGCUCAGACCCUGAGGACCACAAAAUGUUUGAAGAGAUCAAAACGUUUAUUAAGGAAGAGCUGCGGGCGGUCUCUUCGGUCGAUGAAAACAACGACACAGCGCGCCCAAUUUCCCCAGUAGUUGAUGACGUGGUACGCAGAUAUACGGCAGCACCAGGAGAUACAAGGGCAAGGCAAUGUGAAACGUCAAAGCUGCACUGUUACCAAGAGCUGCUUCGCUAUCACAAGGGGUUCGACAUGGGCCAGACAAUGAAAUCAGUCCAUGUGACACUGAAAAUGAGCGAGGCAUUGAUUCGUGACUUGCGCGCACUAGAUAAGAUCCACUUUCGAGAAACGAUCAAGGUAGCAGUGUUCUAUGUCGGGAUCGGACAGCACGAUGAGAGCCAAAUACUGUCAAACACAGUCCGUGAUACGAGUGAUAGGUACCGCCAGUUCGUCAGAAGUCUUGGCUGGUAUGUCGACUUGGACAACAUUUGAAGGAUUCACAGGCAAGAUGGAGAGCGACGGGUCAGAUGGGAAGGUCUGUUUGUAUUUUGCGGACGAACAUGUCGAACUUGUGUUCCAUGAGGCCUAGUAUCAUGCCAUUAGACCCAAAGGAUCCACGACAGACAGCCAAGAAACGGCAUAUUGGCAAUGACCAUG